AAAUAUCAAUGUCGGGUUAUGUGAUCAUGUUUUGAAAAAUAUGAAAUUGGUAUAAAAUGAUUAUAUAUAAUAAGUUUAUACUUGUAAUACUACAUUUUCUUAUAAUAACGCAACUAUUCGCUGCAGCUAAAGAUGACAAUGGUUUCUGUGAUGCAUCUGCGAAACAUUGUAAACCUGGUUCUGGUGAGAAAUUCUUAAUGUACGAUGUUAAUCCUCCCGAAGGAUUUAAUUUACGAAGAGAUGUUUACAUGAGAUUCGCUAUAAUGCUGGCCGAAACACAGAAGAUGGGUAAAAAAAUAAAUUGGCGUUUAGUUCUUCCACCGUGGCAUAGACUUUAUCAUUGGAAAUCGGGUGCGCAAAAUAAACCCUUACCAUGGAAUAAAUUCUUUGACGUAAAUUCACUCAAAACAUACGUCCCAGUGAUAGAGUUACAAGAAGUGGUAUCAAAUUCAAUUACACCUUUAAAAAUUGAUCGUCUUUACGUAUUACAAAAUUAUGAAAAUGCUUUCGAAGACGGUGUAUUCCAUGAUAAAUGGACAAUAACAGAUGAUUGUAAAUACGAUGGAUUAUUUUGGGGAUACAAUAAUAUCACAGUAAAAGAAACAGUUUGUGUAAAUUUUCAAGGAAAAAUAUCAAAAUUAUGGGAAUUAAUUGCCUUGCAUCCAAAAGACAAAUAUGUAAUGUUUUCUCAUGGGGAAAUACCUUUGCAUACAUCCUAUGGAACUAAAACAUACUGGGACUGUAGAAAGAGUAUGAAAUUCAACACCGGCUUAGUUAAAACUGCUAAAAAUUUCAUAUUACAAUUUUUAAACUGUAAAAUUGAAAAAUGUACAACAUAUUUAAGUGUUCAUUGGAGACGUAGAGACUUUGCAUACAGUAGAGGUAAAGAUGUACCAUCAUUGCAAGGAACUGCUAAACAAAUAGACCAAAUAGCUAAAGACAGUGUACCAGAUAUUAAAACAAUUUUCAUAGCAACGGAUGCAUCUGAAACUGAAGUUAGAACAUUGGAAAAUGAUCUUAAAGAAUUAGGGUAUAAAGUAAACUUUUUUAUACCAAGCAAGAAGGAAUUAGAAAUGUACAAGGACGGUGGAAUUGCUAUAAUCGAUCAAAUAAUAUGUUCUCAUGCAGCUUUCUUUGUUGGUACACACGAUAGUACUUUUACAUUUAGGAUACAAGAAGAAAGAGAAAUAUUAGGUUUUCCUAGCUCAACAACAUUUAAUAGGCUUUGUCCUGAUACGGGGAAAUGCGAAAAACCAUCCAAAUGGACUAUUGUUAACUAGAGGUCAUAUUAAUCAAGAAUUAUAGACAAAAUAUCAUAUAUUUUAACUUGAAUUUUAGAUUCUAGAUAACUUUAUCGUUUGUUAAAUAACUUUAGACUACCUAUUCCUAUGUGAAUUCAUCGAAAUGAAAUUCCAUUCAUUUUUGUUACAUAAAAAUCUUAGCUUUCUUUUAUUGGGUAAAAAUUUCAACUAAAAAGGCAAAGUUCAAAUGAUGAAGGCCUUCGCUAUUGGCGAAGAAUCAUUACCUUGGCAACUUUCCAUCUAUGCUGCUAUUGGCUUGCAAUUUAUGCCUGUUUCUCGCCUUACAAAUUAUCUCAUCUCCUAAGUUUAAACAUAUAUAAAUAUUUAACCUAAAGCAUAUUGUAAGUAUAGGGCGCUUCACAGCACUCUGAUUACCUUGGUCCGUCAAGAUGUUUGAUAAGACUAUUAACAUUGAAUCAUCAUCAGAUCAUCUGAUGUAAGUUUAUAAUUACCAAUUUACCUACCUAGUGUCAGCUCUACUCUUCCAGACAUCUCUAUCAGCUGCAUAUCUGAAUUAACUCUCUUACGCACAUCCUCUAACACAAUGGAGGUUUGCUUACAUUUAACAACAUAUUAGUAAGGAAAAGUAAUAACGUGCUCAAUUUUUUACUGCUGGUUUCUGAGCCAAAAAACUCUGUAUAAAACAUUGCUGUCCCUCUCAUAACCUUUGACAAAACAUUGAUAAUAAAAUGUUUUAUAUGGGCAUUUUGGUCUCAGAAACACGAUUAGUCAUUUUAGAAAAAAUUAUAGUGUUGUAAAUUUAAGGCAAUAGUUUAAACCUGUGCGCUGUGUUAAUAUUUAUAGGUUAAUUUUGGGUAGACCAUGAACAUAGAACUUGUUAGUUAUAAGUAUUUUCUAUAUAGUAUCUUCCAAUUGUGCCAUAUUUCAUAAAUAAACACAUUUUUAAAGAUGUGUAGAUAGAUAUAGAUAGAAUU